AUGUCGGCGCUAAAUUUAUCUGAGGCCCGUUUGGCAGGCAUUCUCUCUUCAUGGAGAAAGGCUCAGCCCACAACGGAGAGGUUUGAGGUGGUGGGCUGCAUUUUUGGCGCGCUCACACCGUCGACGCUUGAGAACCAGCGCAGUCAGGCUGUUCUGCAGUAUCUUUUCAAUUCACCCACGAUGGUGUGCGACGUCGCAGUGUUUUUUUCCUUUGAGAAACUUUGUGUCGUCCACAACGGCGUGCCCGUUGAGCUGCCGCCAACCACUGACUCCUACGCGUACACGGCUGUUCGGUAUGAUGAGACUUUUGCUGACGUCUUUUCGUCCUUCCUCGCAAGUGCCGCUGUGGGUCUCUGCCAGAAGGAGUUGGCUAUUCAAGAGGGGGAGUUUGCGUCUAAGCUAAUCCCGGUGCUUCGCAGCCUCAUUCCCGCGGAGCGGACAGUGGAGGUGGCGCCAUUGUUGGGCGAGUUCCUUUUUGUCAAGGAUGAGGCGGCGCUGUCAUGCGUGGAGAAGGCGGCGGGCCUCUGCAGCGCCGUCUUCCGUCGGUUUGUUCGUGGGCUGAUUGAGGAGGAAAUACAAAAGGCAAACCCCAAGGCGUUAAGUUCUCUCCAGGAAGAGGUCACAAAUAAGUUACAGAUGCCAAGCACCGUGAAGGGUCUUGAACGGCUAGACACCUCCCAGUUUUCCAUUGCCUCUGGACUGACACCAUGUGUCAUGCACCGUGGGACAUACGAACCUCAAAUUCAGCUUACGAAGCUGACCACUCAACCGUUACGAGGCGACAUUAUUGUUGUCCGCUACGGUGUGAAGAACUGCGGCUACACUGCCUUUAUUGCUCGCACCCUCAUCGUGGAGGCUAAUGCGCCGCCUAAUGCGAAGGAUGCAUAUCAGUUUAUCUAUUCUGUCAGCGAAAAGGUGAUGGAGCUGCUGCGAGUGGGCACUAAACUAAACGAGGUGUACACGGCUGUCAUGAACUACGCCACGGCCACCGACGAAGCCCUGGCAAAGCAUUUACCAACCUCCCUGGGUUUCUCCACGGGUCUUAUGGUGCUUGAGGCUCGAGGAACUAUUUCUGGAAAGGGCACUGUGACCGUCGCCGACGGGAUGACGUUUGUUGUUCGAGUGACGCUUGAGGGAGUGCCGGAUGGCAGCGGGGAUAGUUUUGAUAUGGAGUUGUCCGACACCGUCAGCAUCAAGGACAGUGCGGCGCAGCUCAACACAAAGACAUCCCGCAAGCUGGAAGAAAUUCUCUACGAUGCGGAGGUGCAGGAGGAGGCCUUUAAUGUCACUACACGUGAGUUGAACAAGAUUACUCGUCAAGGGCAGAGCAGCGUCCCUCUCAUGUCAAGGGAAGCUGCACGCGAUGAAAGACUCAAGUCGCUUUUGAGGGAGUUGCACGCUGAACUGAUUGCCGCUGGAGGAAAGAAGGCAACAGCAGCUGCGAUGGAAGAGCUGCGGGUGUACGAGAUGGGCCGCCUUGCCUACGGGGAUAUUGUUCCGUAUCCCAAGGAAGGCUCCUUCCCACCGCAGGCACGGCAUGACAUCUACGUGCACGUGGAGAAGGAGGUUGUGUUCCUUCCUGUGUGUGGGGAUGUUGCGGCAUUCCACGCCUCCACCAUCAACAAAGUGGACGUGAAGCCGGAGGGCGAAUAUGUGACGUGCACCGUCACGUUUCAUUCCAUGCAGGAGGCAAAUAUUGCGUAUCGGCUUCACCGAACAAAGAUAUUUUUAAAGGAGCUGAGUUACCGCGCCCCGCAGGAUGUCUUCUCGGAGUUGAAGAUUGCCAUUCAGGGAAUUCACCAGCGGAUCAAAAACAGAGACACGGAACGACGGAGGAUAUCUACAACUGCGGGAGGUGCAAAACUAAACAUCACACCAAACUCACUACGGCUUCCGCAGGUCAAAAUAAGACCGUCAGCCACAACUGGCCGCCAAAACAAGGAAUGCAUUGGUAAUCUUGAGCUGCAUCAGAACGGACUUCGUUUCUCAUUCAUUGGUGGGGCACCAAUUGACAUGUUGUUUGAGAACAUCAAACACAUCAUCUUUCAGCCGGCCGUCAAUUCCAUCCGCGUUAUUUACCACAUUACUUUAAAAAAGGGCGUGGAGAUUGCUCGUAAAAGCGUCGAUGAAGUGCAGUUUGUGGCGGACGUCAUGGAAAGCAGCGAAGCCGUUACAGGUGCAAGGAAAUCAUACGAUGAGGAAAUUGCGGCGGAAGAGCGUGAACAAGUGCGUAUCAGUGAGACUAAUAAACAAUUUAUGCGGUUUGCACAGGCGGUUGAGAAGAUGAGUAACAUAAAGACACAAAUACCUGUGAGUAACUUUUCUUUUGAGGGCGUGCAUGCCAAGGGAUUGACCACCUUCAAGGCUAACAGGGAGGUCCUCUGGGCGAUCUCCGAUAGGCCACCGUUCACGCAGCGGGUGACGGAUAUCGAGGUGGUGUCGCUGGAACGCGUCAUACCGGGUGGAUCUACGUUUGACAUGUCGCUUAUUUUUAAGGAUUACAAAAAACCGGCGGUGACGAUUACGACCAUCCCGAGAAGCAGUUUGGAGGUGAUUAAGGACUGGUGUCUCGCAUCGCGGCUGUACUACAUGGAGACCUCUGUGAAUCCCAACUGGAAGGUUGUACUCAAGACGAUCCUCGACGAUACAGACUGGGAUCCGUGGCGACCCGGUUCAGGGUGGGCGGUACUCAACAACGACUUUGACGGCGACGAGGAAGAGGAGGACGAGGAGGAUUCGGAGUCGGAUGACUCAACGUACAACGAGGAAGACGAUGAGGAGUCGGACGAGACAGGCAGCUCCUUCCUUGAGGACGAGGAAAGUGAGCCCGAUAACAGCGAUGAUGAGGAUGAAGAAAGCGCGGUGAGUUGGGACGAGAUGGAGCGGCGCGCGGAGGCGCAGGACCGUAAACGCGGGUAUACAUCAGACGAUGAUGAUGACAGGCUGCGCAAGAGGGCUCGUGUAGGAGACGCAUCGAGAGCUGCACCGCUUCCGACACGAGGGAAGGCGCCUCGCAUGCCAAAUCCGGGUAGCGCAGUUCCGCCCCCACGCAAAUUCUAA